AUGAUUGGUAGCAGCGCACCUGGUUGGGCCUAUGUCCUGCCUCCUCGCCGCAACAACUGCAGAUCUGAUGCUGCAGCGGAAGACCCAGCCCACAUCCAGGCUCUGUUGCCUGGCAACGCCAAAACUUUGAACAACCGAGAAAGCUCCAAACAAACGCACCUCUUCCAGGCUUCUUCACUUGUUCCUGUCUUGGUAACAUCAAAUGCAAUGUCCAAGGCACAGGCAAAGAAAAUGGAGUCCUCUUCUAGCAAAGUCUCCUUAUCCAAACGGCACCCAGAAGGAACAUCCCAUGUCGCUUCCCUUGAGAGCUUGGGUGCCACAUGGAGGUCCAGGUUCCCCAUCUGGCCUGAGUGGAACGAUGCUGAAGUCAGCAAAGAGAAAUGGGACUCAAGUAAAGGAGCUGAAGAUGGAAAGUCAACAAAUGCUGUAAAUAUGGAACAGAAACUACUACAAUUCUUUGAAAAUCCAGAGGGAAAAAUCUCCCUCCCUCCAUCUUUAAAAGUGCACUCUUGGAAGCGCCCUAUGGAGUUUAUCGUCACCAAGGCUCCCUCUGUUGUUGAAAAUCAAACAACCUUUGACCUAAUUUCCUCUAAUGAUCAUCUGAUGUGCAGCGAGCUGAUGAGGUGGAUAAUCAGUGAGAUCUAUAUUGUUUGGACACUUUGUGGAAAUGCUCCUGAAGAAGAAGGUGGUUGGAGGCCUUGGGAGCACAUCUACUCACUUUGCAAGGUUGUAAAAGGUCAUGUGCCACUAUACAACAGCUACGGGAAAUAUGUGGUCAAACUCUACUGGAUGGGUUGUUGGAGGAAAAUAACGAUAGAUGAUUCAAUGCCAUUUGAUGAAGAGAAUAACCUGCUCCUACCUGCCUCCACAUGCCAGUCAGAGCUGUGGCCAAUGCUCUUAGCCAAAGCACUGAUUCAACUGGCCAAUGCCAACGUAUUAUUAGAGGUCUGCGGAGAGGUAGGCGAGUUCACCUUCAUCCACGCUCUCACCGGCUGGCUUCCAGAAAUCAGUCCUAUAAAGACCACAAACCUGGAAAAAAUGUGGGAUUUCUUACAAGCUACCAUUCUCAAAUUAACCCACCCGGAUGAAAGUGAGCCGGAGUCAAAGCCUCAAAGUGCAGACUCGAGCCUAAAUGAAAGCAACAACCAGCUCCUAGAGCCGGAGAAAAGCAAAGACCCCCCCGAGAUUGUGGUGUGUGCCGGCUACUACCCUUUUCAGCUGCAUAAAAAGUCCUCGGAGUUUGGCCAAAUGGCUAAUUCUUCGGAGUUCCUACGUCAGUACAGUCUGUCCUUGAUGUACAGUCACAUCGUCUUGCUGACUCGGACCCGGGCAUGCCCACUAGAACCACCACCCAAACCUCCACCUGUGCCCAAGUGGAAACUCAUCCGCCCUCGCAAGAAGAUCGUGGUCACUGAUGAACCUCGGAAGAACUCUUUGUCGAGACCGGAACAGUUCAUCGAGGUUUCCAGCCCUUUUCUCUCCCACCGUGUCAAGAGCGGCAGUGACCCAGCCUCAGAACUAGAGGCCACGCAGAAUGCUCAGAGGAAGCGUUCCUAUGGAUCCCCCCUGGUGUCUAUUGCUGAGAGAGAGGAGACUGAAUUGCGAGAGGGCCUCGAGCCUGAUGCAGCUGAAUGCACCAGUAAUUCACCAAACAGCGCUGACAAAACAGAGGUUACGGCAGAGGACGGGAAGAAGGACAGUGAUGACAUCUCCAAUGAUGAGCCUUUAAAUAUGACUGAGGAUCUCUCAGCUGAUGUCAAAUCCAUCCUGAAGGAGACCUGGGUGCAUCUGGAUGACUUUGCAAAGUGCUUUCAGACUCUUUUUGUGUUUCAUAAACCACAGCUCUACCCACACCAGUUCAAGAAAUUUCACUUCAAGAGUUCUGUCUUGCCUAAAACUGCAACAUCUGUGAACACCACUGGAUCAUCUUCGACCUCACCAGUCCCUGUGUCAUCUGUUGUAGCAAACCCUGAAUGUCCAGAGGUGAGAAGCACUCACUACCUGUGUGUGGACACUCUGCAGCCUUCCCAGAUCUUCAUCAGCCUCUCCGGUCUGCUUCUCUGGGGAGAGACGGCGGACGAGAGGAGGGAAAUGUGUACAGCUUGUAGGCCUGCGGUUCUCAUCGUUCAGCCGUACUCUUGGAAGACCCUGCAGUCUCAGCUGCCUGUUCUCACCAUAAAGACUACUUCCUUCAGAGCAGCCAAGCUUAACUUACCCCCAGGACGCAACACACUGUGCAUUCACACAAAGGCAGCUCUGGGCUACAGUGUCCACAUUUUCAGCAAAGCACCUUUCAUCUUUGGGGAUGAAGAAACCAUCAUGUCACAUCUGACCAAGGAAAGUGUUCGUUUUACUGAGCAGGCUUCAUCCAUCUUUACGGCCCUGUCCAGCGUGGUGACUUCCUUUAGUAAUGUUCAGGACCAUCAAGCAGCCAGAAGAACCCUGGAGGAGGCUCACUGCCCCCAAAACAUCAGCACCACGCUGAGAAAAUCGGAACACAACAAGGUGUUUAACUCUGCUGUCUACCACAUGUUUUCUGAGGCCCUUGGCAGGAAGUUAAGUCCACAGGAACAGUUUGCUGUACAAGCCCUCACUGUGGAUCUGUCACUCUUGUCCGCUGACCACAAAGAACAAAAAUCGGAAGCAAAGCUACCGGAAAACUGGAAAAACAGGCAACCAACGGACAAGGAAGUCCAGGCAGUCACAACUCUGCAGGCUGGAUUCAAAGGGCACUUGGUACGAGAGAUCCUCAAUGCCUCAAAACCCGGCACGAAGGAGAACGUGAACGCGUCGAAGAUCCUUUUGGAAAUGUGGCCGACGGUGGAAGCGGAUGCAGAAAAAUACGCCGCCUUCUUGCUACGUUUUAUCAUUGACCACUCCACAAAGAACGCCGAACUCUACUCCUGUCAGCAGGAUGAAUGGAGCAGAAUCACUUUUACCGAUUAUUCCGUCCCCCUUCAAGACUCGGCCAACUCCUGGAUUUUGGUCUUCAGAGAGGUGUUCCUGAUUCCUGAAGAAAUGCUGCUGAUAUCAAAGGUCUACUCCCCGGUUCCUAACUGUCUGCUGCACGUCAUUGAUAACGACACAGAAAAGGAGCUGAAUGUAGUUUUUAACAAUGUUGCACCCCAUACUUAUACACCCAAUAAGCGUGGAUACACCUUUGUAGCUGAGGCUGUCGUUCAUGAAUCGCCUCCGUCAGGUGCCAUAUGGAGGAUGCGUUUGAUUGGCUCCAGGGAACCCCUUCCAAAACUGGCCCAUGAGACUUCACUUAACAAGUUCUCAGUGAAGGAGUUUCGAGAUUAUUACAUUCCCAAUGACAAAAACCUCAUAUGUCGUUACUCUGUGCAGGUCACAGCUGAUGUUCUAGGUACUGUUCAGUUCCAGACCUCCAAGUCAGAUGUACUGAUACGUCUGUCCAUUCUGGACCAUGAGAAGGAGGUGGCUGGGAACACUGGAAAGGGCCAUGCAGUGAUCCCCGUGUUCUUCUUCUUGACCAAUAAAGCCGGCGUUCGCACGGAUGAGAAGGAACAGAUCCAGAAGGAAUGCACGACUCGGGACAACGGAGUCGAUAUAUCAGACGGUUCCAAACGGGGAGAUGAUGGGAGCGACGUGGCUGGGAAAUCAGGCUCUUCAUCUGACCAGUACCAGCCUCCCACAGAGACCAUGAGCCAUAAAUAUGUGGUGCAGGCAGAGGUGCUUUAUAAGAGCUGGGAUUUGGAUGAAUCUCAGCUGGCGUUUGUCCAUUUGCUCAGAGAGUUGGAGAAGAAUGAAAUUAAAGCAUUUCCACUAGGGGACCCACAGAGCAAAGAUGGGUCCAAAACAGGAACACCCAAAACCAAGGAGAAGGGGAAGUCAGCCGCCAGCUCCAAAUCUGGCUCCAGGAAUGAAACGAGCAUUGACCUGACCAGGCCAAACUGGACGCUGCGUGUGGUCAGUGAUAUGAGCAAAGCCGAAAGUAUCAAGGUGAAGAAGGACACGGAGAGAAAAGAAGAGAUUAAGGCUGUUAAGAAAGCUUGGGAAAUGGCUGAACCUGGAAGAUCGGGCAAGGCUUUGCAGUCUCGUCUUAAGUUUCUGAACCAAUUCGAGCACCAAGCAAAUGAUGAAACCAACGCAGGUGAUGCGGAAACUAAAGAGAACGCUGAUCCCAGACCUGGUCCUGACUCAUCUGACCGUCCAUCCAAUCAAAAGCCCCAAAGCACCCCCUGCACAUUUGACCCCAUGGAUUACACUCCCUUCAUCAGACGUGAAAAGGAUUUUCCGGCGCUGAUGAACACACAGAUCGAGGAGAACCAGCAGAGGGAGCGCUUCGAAAAGAUCCAGACCUACCGCUUGGUCCGUGAAAAUGUGCUCGAGCACCGAAAACAGCAGGAUCUCAGCAGGAAGACGCUAAUGAGACACCAGCUGGAAAUGCGUGAGAACAUGCAGGCAGCCUUGUGGCAGCGUCGUAAGAAAGUCCUUGAUGCUUGUGAAGCGUUUAGUAGCCAUCAAAUUGCGGCGGCGAAAAAGGAACAAGAAGAGAAGCAAGAUUUGGAGGAUGCCCAGCAGGCAGAGCUAGAAAAAACAGCCCCCUCGUCUACUGCCGCCCAACAGCCCACAAACAAACGUGCCAAGAGCGCUGGCAAGAAGAAAUGACAGCCACUGGCACUGAGCUGCAGUGUUCCAGUCUUCCAGUCUCAGCUCUCCUUCACAGUCACCUUUAAACAAGUCUGUCUGGACAGUGAGAAGUCUCUGAAACACAACACAGCAACACAACACUGUAGGAAAUAACACAAGCCCAGCAGACGGGCGCUAUUGUCUCAUGUGUCUUUUGACAACCAGUACCACAUAUAAACCUCUUUAG